AUGGUGGGCUUCCUCCGGGCCUUCGCCGCCGCUUCCGCUGUGCCCGCAGCAGCUGCCGCAGCCUACGCUCUCUCUUCCUCCUCCGCCCCCUCCUCCUCGAAGCUCCGCUUCCCUCUGCCUGCCUCCUUCCUCUCCGCCGCCUCCUCCUCGACCUCCGGGCGCGCUCCCAACGCCGUGCCCCCGAUGGCCACCGCCGGCGCGGCCGCGGCCGAUCUCUCGGCGCCCGAUAAGCAGCUGGACUCGGCGCUUCCGGAGCUCACGACGGAAUUCAUGGUGGACAUGAAAUGUGAGGGAUGUGUAACAGCUGUGAAAAACAAGCUGCAAGCUCUUGAAGGAAUAAAAAACAUUGAGGUGGACUUGUCUAACCAAGUUGUUAGGGUUCUUGGGUCUCUUCCAGUGAAGACAAUGUUAGAUGCCCUUCAUCAAACAGGUCGAGAUGCACGACUAAUUGGCCAAGGGAACCCAAAUGAUUUCUUAGUUUCCGCUGCUGUAGCUGAGUUUAAAGGGCCAGUUGUAUUUGGUGUUGUUCGUUUGGCCCAAGUAAACAUGGAGUUGGCUAGAGUUGAAGCCACGUUUAGUGGUCUAUCACCUGGUAAACAUGGAUGGUCAAUAAAUCAGUUUGGAGAUUUGACAAGAGGUGCAGAAAGCACUGGCAAUGUAUAUAAUCCGCCAGAUCAUGUAUCCGAUAAGCCGCUUGGUGACCUGGGAACACUAGAAGCUGGAGAGAACGGGGAAGCCCAUUUCUCAGGACCGAAGGAGAAACUGAGAGUCGUUGACUUGAUCGGCCGCUCUAUUGCUCUGUAUGCAACCGAGGACAGAUCAGACCCUGGCAUUGCUGCAGCCGUGAUUGCAAGAAGUGCCGGUGUAGGAGAGAACUACAAGAAGCUCUGCACUUGUGAUGGUGUCACCAUUUGGGAAUCAAGCUAA